AUGGCUACCCUCAACAUUCGUCGGGAUGUCACCGACCCCUUCUACCGCUACAAGAUGGAACGCUUGCAGUCUAAAAUCGAAGGAAAGGGCAACGGAAUCAAGACCGUUGUGGCCAACCUUCCAAGCGUCGCUUCCUCCCUCGCCCGUCCCCCUGCCUAUCUGAUCAAGUACUUUGGCUUUGAGUUGGGUGCCCAAACCAACACCAAUCCAAAGGAUGACCGUUGGAUCAUCAAUGGAGCUCAUGAGGCAUCCAAACUGCAAGAUUCCCUCGAUGGUUUCAUCUCCAAGUUUGUUCUGUGCAAGUCGUGCAAGAACCCCGAGACGGAGAUCACCAUCAAAGACGGGCGCAUCAUCUUGGACUGCAAAGCCUGUGGUCAACGCCACGAGGCCGACCUUCGUCACAAGUUGAGCGGUUUCAUCCUCAAGAAUGAACCCAAAGGAGGCAAGAAAGGCAAGAAGGAAAAGAUGAGCCGACGUGACCGAGCCAAGGCCGAAAGCCAGGAGAACGGCUCAUUGAAUGGUGGCAGCCCCCACGAUUCAAACUCGGACAAAGGUGACAUGGAAGAAGACGGUGACGAUGCGCUUGCCGCCGGUAGCGAUGAUGAAUUCACCAAGACAAUCAAUGAAACUGCCAAGACUAUAUCAGCCAGCAACGAUGGAACUGGCAAGGAGGACGAGUGGGCUGUCGACACUUCAGCCGAAGCUGUGGCAGCUCGCGCCAAAGAACUUCCCUCCGACUUGAAACGGUCCCUCGCAUUUGACGAGGACGAGGAAGGCGAAGAGAAUGGCAGCGGAAGCAAUGUCUAUGACCAACUCGGAACCUGGAUCCUGGAUCAAGCCAAGGAGAAAGCAUCAGUGAACAUGGUGGACGACGUCGACAUCUACAAGAAGGCCCACGAGCUGGGAGUGGAGUCCAAGCACAAGACGCUUACCGUGUUGGCACAAACCAUCUUUGACGAGGAUAUUGUCAAGGAGAUCCCUGCUCGAGCUGGCAUGCUUCAGAAGAUGAUAGGCGAAUCCGAGAAGCACCAAAAGGCGUUCUUGGGCGGGACCGAGCGAUUUGUCGGAAACGACCAUCCGGAUUUGAUCCCCCAAGUGUCAGCCAUUCUUAUGCAGUACUACCAGAACGACCUGGUGAGCGAGGAAGUGGCCAAAGCCUGGGGGCAAAAGGCGAGUAAGAAGUAUGUUGACAUCAACACCAGCCGCAAAGUGCGCAAGGCGGCUGAAAAGUUCUUGGAGUGGCUCGACCAAGCCAGUGAGGAAGAAGAGGACAGCGACGAGGAGUAG